AUGCCUCGUCAACGCUCUGCCGCCCGUGCUCCCGCGCGCGCUCCGACUCGCCCGACCGCCGCCGCCCCUGCGCCCGCGCCGCAGCAGGCUCGUCCGGCCACCACCAUGGCCGCGCCGCCUCAGCAGUACCAGCAGGCGCCUGCUCAGUCGCAGGGCCCUGGUCUGUUUGGCCAGAUGGCCAGUACCGCUGCAGGUGUCGCAAUUGGUUCUUCGGUCGGCCACGCCAUCGGCGGCUUCUUCUCCGGCGGCUCGUCGGAGCCCGCGCCCCAGCAGGUCCAGGCCCAGCAGCCGGCCCAGCAGCAGCAGCAGUACAACAACUGCGCCGGCGCCGCCCAGAGCUUCACCAAGUGCAUGGACGACAACGGUGGCAACAUGCAGAUCUGCAACUGGUACCUUGAGCAGCUCAAGGCUUGCCAGGCCGCCGCCAGCCAGUACUAA